AUGCAUGUACAAUCGAUCCCGAUGUGGACCGGGAAGGGCAAUAAUUAUGCCUAUCUGGUGACGGAUGAGCCGACGAAGCAGUCGGUGAUUAUUGAUCCGGCGAAUCCGCCUGAAGUGGCUCCGGAGCUGCAGUCGCAGAUUGAUGCCGGGAAGAUUAAGCUUACGGCGAUUGUGAAUACGCAUCAUCAUUGGGAUCAUGCGGGUGGUAAUAAUGAAAUGCUGAAAACCUUUGGUCAACUCCCUGUCAUUGGAGGCAAGAACUGCCAGUCUGUCACUCAGUCUCCGGCUCAUGGGGAGGAGUUUAAGAUUGGAGAGCGCAUCUCGGUCAAGGCGCUGCAUACGCCGUGCCAUACGCAGGAUAGUAUUUGCUAUUUCAUGCAGGAUGGGGAUGACAAGGUUGUCUUUACGGGUGAUACUUUGUUUAUCGGAGGGUGUGGCCGGUUCUUCGAGGGCACGGCCCCGGAAAUGCACAAGGCGUUGAAUGAGACGUUGGCCGCGCUGCCGGAUGAUACUAAGGUUUAUCCUGGCCAUGAAUACACCAAGAGCAAUGUCCAGUUCUGCCUGACUGUGUCCGAGUCCGAGCCGAUCAAGAAGCUGGAGGCAUUUGCCAAUGCCAACAAGGAGACGCAGGGAAAGUUCACUAUUGGCGAUGAGAAGCUGCAUAAUGUGUUCAUGCGUGUCAAUGACCCCGAGAUCCAGAAGAAGACGGGCAAGACGGACCCGGUCGAGGUGAUGGCUGCUCUGAGAGAGAUGAAGAACAACAUGUAA